AUGCGUAGGACCAAGGGAUAUCAAGACUUGGAUGAAAAUGCUGGAGAUUCACGUUUGUCCAUUUCGCAAAUGCCACUACCUCAAGAAAUCGAAAUGGCCUCGGUUUCUGUCGUUCCCGAUGAUACAUUUACAGUCACUCAAGCAGUUAAUGCUCUGGGCUUUGGUUGGUUUCAAGUUAAGUUAUCUCUCUGUACUGGUUUAUGUUGGAUGGCAGAUUCAAUGGAGAUGACCAUACUAAGUAUUUUGUCUCCGGCACUACACUGUGAAUGGAAUAUAAGCAAGUAUCAGCAAGCUCUAACUACCACCAUAGUAUUUUUAGGUAUGAUGUUAAGUUCAACCUUUUGGGGAAACAUUAGUGACCGUUAUGGAAGGAAAACUGCAUUGAGCAUGUGUGGAGUUUUGUUAUUUUAUUAUGGUUUGCUGAGUUCUAUUGCUCCAAAUUUUCUCUGGUUACUUUUCUUGAGGGGACUUGUUGGAUUUGCAAUAGGUUGCGUACCACAAUCUGUAACAUUGUAUGCUGAAUUUUUACCAACUAAACAAAGAGCUAAAUGUGUGGUUCUGCUAGAUUGUUUUUGGGCGCUUGGAGCCUGCUUGGAAGUAGCGUUGGCAUUAGUAGUUAUGCCAACGUUGGGAGUGCAUUGGCUGCUCGCUCUAUCGACAAUUCCAUUACUAAUUUUUGCACUAAUUUGUCCUUGGUUACCAGAAUCAGCUCGAUUUCAUGUCGCAAGUGGCCAGCCAGAUAAAGCAUUAGCUACUCUAGAGCAGAUAGCGCAAGAUAACGGACGCCCAAUGUUACUUGGCCGUCUAGUGUGCGACGACUCUGUGGGCAUCGGCCAACGUGGACGCCUCAAGCAUCUUCUUAUACCUCAUCUGAGAAACACCAGUUUGCUACUCUGGUUUAUAUGGAUGUCAUGCGCAUUCUGCUACUAUGGACUUGUACUGAUGACAACAGAGCUUUUUGAAACCGAUGCAGACGGUUCCGAGGAAUCCUGCGCGGCGGACUGUCGUCCAUUGCAGACCACAGAUUAUAUGGACCUUCUUUGGACUACUUUAGCUGAGUUCCCUGGUAUCUUCGCAACAAUUUUCAUCAUCGAGAAGUGCGGACGAAAAAGAACAAUGGCGGCACAGUUUAUUAUUUUCGCCCUUUGUAUCUGUAUGCUGACUUAUAACGGAAAUCGAACCUUUCUUACGUGUAUACUAUUCGUGGCGCGGGGUAUCAUCGCGGGACUAUUUCAAGCGGCCUAUGUUUACACACCAGAGGUUUAUCCGACAGCCCUCAGAGCGACAGCAGUCGGUGCUUGCAGUGGCGUAGCGAGACUUGGUGCUAUGAUUACGCCAUACGUUGCGCAGGUUCUAUUGAAAAGCUCGAUCGUUAUAGCAACGGGGGUGUAUUCUUUAGCGGCAGUGUUAGCAGCCGUCGCCUGUCUAGCACUGCCAAUAGAAACCAAAGGCAGGGAAAUGAGGGACACCGUCACCGGCACUACAUAA